AUGAAGUUGCACUGCUGGACUUCCGCAAGAUUAAGAGAAAUUUCCCAGGCAAAGUACAAGGACCUCAUUUGCAUGAGCGCGUGGAAAGAUGGAGAGCCAGAAAUCAAGCCAAAACAUCCCGUGUGCGAGACGUUGAACCCUACUCCUCCAUUGUAUACAAACGGCCUCUUGUUCCUGCUCGCUAUUUUCAUUUCGGCCUGCGCUUUCAGAGACUACACCAUCGAAGACGUCUGGAAUGCUAGAGCGCCAUUGGACAGUAGUUUUAUGGUCAUGAAAUGGGCGGAAAUUGUGUUAGAGACCCCAGUCUUUCCAGAGAUAUCGGUGGAUGGACCGACUGCGAAGGCGAGGAAUGAAUCCAGCGGGAGUCAUGCAUGUUCAGAGUGGGCGAAGAGAGCCGGGUUUCCCGAUGGGAUAGGCCUACGCGCAGCCCGAGGCGAGGUCUUUAUCAAGAUCGACGCUGAUUCGGCCCUGCUCCUGGUAUUCUCAUGUGUCAGAAGCCAACAUUGUUCAUACAUGGAGGUUAUUCGUUAG